UUUUUUUUUUUUUUUUUUUUGGUUCUUUUUUUCUGGAGCUGGGGACCGAACCCAGGGCCUUGCGCUUCCUAGGCAAGCGCUCUACCACUGAGCUAAAUCCCCAGCCCCUUGGUUGAGAAUUCUUACAUCUCUGUUCAUCAGGGAAAUUGGGUUGUAGUUCCUUCCUUCCUUCCUUCCUUCCUUCCUUCCUUUCUUUCUUUCUUUCUUUCUUUCUUUCUUUCUUUGUUUCUUCCUAUUGUGUUUUUAUCUUGUUUUGGUACCAGUGACACUGGCUAUACAGAGUGAAUUUGUCAGUGUCUCUUCCUUUCCUACUUUGUGGAACAGUUUGAGGGGUGGUGUUCUUAUAUCCUCUUUAAAAAUUUGGAACUUGGGGCUGAGAGAUGGUGCUUUUCAAGAGGACCAGAGUCUGAUACCCAGCACUCAGUUCACAACCAUCUUUAACACUGGUCCCAGGGGAUCCUGGAGGAUCUGACAUCCUCUGCUGGAUUCCACAGGCACUGCCUGCGUGUACUGCAUGGAUUUACACAUGAGCAAAAACACUGGAAUUAAUUAAAUUAGUACAACAAAAAACAUUGUUAAAAACAAAGUUUAGGUUUCGUUGUGAGGAGACUUUUAAUUAAUCACUGCUUCAAUCUCAGAGUUUUAGGUAUGUCUAAAACGUUUCAAUCUUUUUUAUUUGUUUUUGUUUGUUUGAUUUUUGAAACAAGAUUUCUCUGUGUAGCCCUGGCUAUCCUGGAACUGGCUCUGUAGACCAGGCUGGCCUUGAACUCAGAGAUCGGCCUGCUUCUGCUUCCUGAGUGCUGGGAUUAAAGGCGGGUGCCACCAUCCCCUGACUUGUUUCGGUUUUCCUAAACUAGAGAUUUUAAGACGUUUCCCUGAGAAGACCAAGAAAGAGAUUAAACAAUGUGGAACUACAGGGAGGUAAGGCAAAGGGAGGGGCUUAGAUUGGGAAAGAUUAGUGAAUUCUAGGUGCCUGCUGGGUUUGAUGGCACACAACUUUAAUACCAAACUCAAGAGGCAGAAGCAACUGGAUUUCUUUGAGCCUGGGGGGCAGCCUGGGCUGCAUAAUGACAGCCUGUCUCAAACAGUAAGUAAAAUAAAGUAAAUGGAGGUGUAGAAGAUGAUGGGAACUGUCGAGACUCCAUUGCUCAUAGCUCCUUAUGAGCAUGUGUGCAUCUCCAUAACCCGGGCUUGCUGUCUUGUGUCCACGGUGUGCAUCAGUCAGCUGGCUUUUGUUCCAGUUGUGUUGUGUAAUGAACUCUAGAGCUCUUCUUCGGAGUGAUGAUUUUUUUUUUUCCCCACAGAGGACAUCAGCUGUAAGUAAGUUCAGGACCAUGGUUUUGUGGCUUCUCUCUAGUUGUCAGUCAGCCAGAAGGUUUGUUCCAAAAGUGUCCACUUAUUCUGAGACCUGGGACAAGGGAGCUGCUUCUGUUUGGUGUGCACCAUUUUCAUAGGUGAGAGAUAGAGCAAGAAAGAGAUGAUUUGAUUGAUGCCUUUCCAAACACCCUCUGUAGAUGUCUGUCCAAGCAUCCUCUCUCUCUCUCUGUGGAUGUCUGUCCAAGCAUCCUUUCUGUGCCAGAACAUUGUCACUCUCACCGUUUCCAGUAGCCACAGCCAUACCUGCGACCAAGUAAAAGGGGCAGGUUUAUACUUUGCCAAUUUUCAGGGAAUCAGUACUUGGAGAUAAAUCAUCCAGCUCUGUCGAGUGCUUUAAUUGCACUCUGACCUCACUCUUGUCUUUAUGACUUCAUCCUCUCGGGACCUGCCCCAGCAUCGGGAGUUACUACAAGUCCUGGAACCCUCGUAAACAAUGGGGAUACACGGGACAGAGGAAGAAUUCUCAUCCUGGCCUGUUCUCAUUGGGAUGGCACAGGAUUUCAUUAGGCACAGGUGGUCUUCAGAUGGUAUACAUUUGAAACCCCACGACUUGCUUGUAUCUGGAAUUCUCCAUCGAACAUUUCGGACUGUGACUUACUGUAGAUAACCCAAACCCCUCAACCUGUUCUUCAGAUUAGCUUUGCAAACGGGGCUCCUCUGUCAGGGGCUCACCCCUGGUUUUUCCUCCCAUACUAGUCUACUUUCCACCGUGACAAAAUUAAGAGGAAAUGACCAAAUUAAGAAGAAGAAAGGCUUAUUUAGGCUCAUGCCGUCAGCUGUUUCAGUCCCCAGUCGCUUGGCUCUGACGCUUUGAUGGUAGCACAGCACAGCAUAGAGCAUCCCACGUGGGCUGAUUCCUCUUCUCCAGCCUCUGCUUCAACCUUGUAUCUUGCAGCACAUCCUGCCCCCGAGAAUCUUGUGAGGCACCAAACAAUUGGGCAUUUUUUGUUAAGAGGGCAUCAGAUCUCAUGGUUGUUAGCCACCAUGUGGUUGCUGGGAUUUGAACUCAGGACCUCUGGAAAGAGCAGCCAGUGCUCUUAAUUGCUGAGCCAUCCCUCCAGCCUGUGAUUCGGUAUUUUGAGCUUUCCAAGCACACGUGAGGGACCUAAUUCUUGACCUCUGCCCCGCAUGCUCCAACUUCUGCUCCGGCCUCAGGAAUUACUAUUACUCCUUGGACCCUCUUUCCCCUACUUACAAUGUCCCUUUACUUCCUCCCAAGUCUACUCUCUACAGACUCCUACUCAUCCUUCAAGACUCAGUCGAGCCGCUGUCCUUUCUCUGACAUCAGUCUCCGCGUCGUGGCAUCCUGCAGGGUGGGCCUCAGCUAUGUGUCUGCCAGAUGUCACUAUUUCUUCCCUCCUGAGCUGUGAGCUGAGAGGGUUUGAGAAUUCAUGGUUAUGAACCACAGAGUUCCUUGGCUGGUGCACACCGGUGCUGGUGUGGCCUGUGGAGAUCACGGCCUUGGUUGAGCCUUAGCUUACCUUUACCCCCCUCCCCCUUUUCUUUUUUUUUGGUUCUUUUUUUCGGAGCUGGGGACCGAACCCAGGGCCUUGCGCUUCCUAGGUAAGCGCUCUACCACUGAGCUAAAUCCCCAGCCCCUCUCCCCCCUUUUUUUAACUGAUAUGUUUUUGCUUACACUGUGGGUGCGCCUGGUGUCUGCAGAGGUCAGAAGAAGGUCUUGGAUCCCUUGGAACCAGAGUUAUAGACAGACGAUUGUGAGCUACCAUGUGAGUUCGAGGAACAAACCUAGGUCUUUAGAAGAACAACACAGCUCCUAACUUCUGAGCCGUCCCUCUUCAGCCCCAUGCCUCAGUCCUUGAUGGCUGUGAGAUCUGAGUCCUGCACCAGAGGUUGGCUACCAGGAAUGUUGCCUUCCCUCCUGAGAGGAGGCUGGCCGGAGGCAUUGGGGAAGUGAAAGAGUGGUUGAGAUUUAGGCCAGACUGGUCACCAUUUAGGCCAGAGAGGUCACUAUUUCACAUGCCUAUUUACCCAGAAUUAUUUCUGAGAAUCCUUCCGGAUCUAAAAAGAGGAAGUCAGGAUAGAUUGUCCAAGUCUCUAGCCAGGGCUGAGUUGAUCUGAUGCCCAGUCUCCACAUGGAGACCGCAGAGCUCUGGGGUGCAGACAUGGGCUGUGGGAAUGUCCUGUGGGAGCGAGGCUCUACCCAGAGUGAGCUAAUACGGAGGAGGAACAUGCAGUCAAAGAGAGGCCUGGAAGCUGAGGGGAGAGAGGGCUUGGCGCUUCUUAGAGGCUGGAGAGAGACAGGCCCUGCAAUAAAGAACUCACCUGACUACCCAUUGAUUACAGGACUCUGGGAGGAGUCUCAGAGUUGAUAAGUUCAGAAUUGUCUGCAGAGUGGACAGUCUAGAAGUGAGAUUGUGUGGUCAAUGAUUUCCCCAUUUUACCCGUAUGCAAACUGAGGCUUAGAGUGCGCGUGUCUUGGCCAAAAAUGAAGUGGGAGAAGUGAGUCAUGCAAGCCAGCUCUUGAAUUCCAACGGUGAGGCUUGGAGUCCCUGAUAGCUCCAAGGAGAAAGCGUGUGUGUGUGUGUGUGUAUGUGUGUGUGUGUGUGUGUGUGUGUGAGAGAGAGAGAGAGAGACAGAGAGACAGAGAGACAGAGAGACAGAGAGACAGAGACAGAGACAGAGAGACAGAAAGAUGGACAGAUAGAGAGACAGAGAGACAGAGAAAGAGACAGCGAGACAGAGAGACAGAGACAGAAAGAGACAGAGAGAUGCGGGAAAUGCUACAGAGAGAAGUUAAGACUAAUCUUGUCAUACACACACAGCCCCUAAACCCCACUUGGCCACAUUCUUGCCGGAUAACAGGCCACCAUACCUAGAUUAAGAGGUACUGAGGACCAAACUCAUGUCUUCUUGGAUGUUAGACACUCUCCCCACUGAGCUACAGCCGAGACCCUAGGACUUGCUAUUAACCAGACUUUCAUUGGCACCCACGGGCCUCUCUCUCCUCGGGAGCUUUGCUCAGGAGGUCAAUGGUUCUCAACCUGUGGGUCGAGACCCCUUUGAGAGUCCAAUGUCCUUUUCAUAUGACCCUCAGAAAACAGAUAUCUAUAUUGCAAUUCAUAGCAGUAGCAAAUUUUCAGUUAUGAAGUAACAAUGAAAUUAAUUCUAUGGUUAGAGGGGUCACCACAACACGGGUAACUAACUGUAUUGAGGGGCUGCAGCGUUAGCAAGGUUGAGAACCACUGGUCUAGUUUUGGUCUGUUUUGCAGCUUAGGCCACUGGAAAGGAGGCUGUGGGCUGAAAGUGAGGUGGCCAUAUCCUACCUGGUUCUAGGGUGUUUGUGGGAGCCUCAGUUUCCCUGCCAGCCAAACAGCACAGGGCACAGAUUGACCCAGCAAUCUUCCCGAACAGCUAAACAGAAGACCAAGGGAAAUGAAUUCUCAAAGCAAAACCCACAGAGAGGAAGUGUCUGUUACUCCCAGAAGAAUCCCAACUUGUCAGCUUGUUCUUCCCUGUAGAGAUGAGGAAGUCGGUUUCUAGAUGCACCUUCCUGAAGACUCACUGUGGCUCUGCCAGGUGUGCAACGUUCGCACAACUUCCCUCACUCCGUUCUUGAGUUUGCUAAUUCGCUCAGGUUUGAUGGAGCCUUGCUGGGCUCCGCAGAUGCCUGUGGAGAGGUUAGCUCAGGGAGACAGUGCCUCGACAUCUGAGUGUGCGCUGAGUCUCCCAAGUCCUGAUUGCAUCUGAGGUGACUAGACGGCUUCCUGCAGAUGUGAUCUUCACACCUAGAGUGACAAGGGAUGAGGCAGAGGAACCCUUGGCGAGAGCCAACCAGUCCUUCCUGUAGCUGCUCCAGGAUGCAGAGAACUCUGUUGGCUGGAGGGCAGAAAGGAAGUCAGGGGAGGCGGCAAGCCUGGUACCUACCGGUCAGCUGCCCAGAGUGGUAUUAUUAGUGUUAGCAACACCCAGAGAACAACUGCCUGUCUUCCCCCUUCUUCUAGAAGGUGGUGAAUGCUUAUGUGGAAGUCCAGCUGUCUCUAGGAGGAACUUGUCUGGCAUCGGGUUGGGGAGAAGCCAGGACACUCGCAAUAUCAGCACUUGGCUCCCCAAAGUUGCUGCCUGAGAACCAAGGGAAGGUGCAGGGAGAACCCCCAGUGGUUUGGUAUUUUCCGUCUGUCCGUCUACAUUCCGUUGAUAAAGGUCAGUUUCCAAGCACCCCUCUAAAGCCCACACGUUGAAGCUCUGUUCCCACCGGGGGAACUUGAAGAAGCGGGACCCAGAUGGAGGAAGGUCUCCGGUCACUGCAAGUGUGUGCUUGAUGGAACAUUAGGUUCCUUGCUGAAAGGAAAAGUACCAGCCCCGGACACCAAGACAAGGAGUUGGAGCCCUGUACCUUCCUUUCCUCUGAGCCCUGUCUCCUUCGGCAGGCGGGAGCUCCAUAGAACUCGGUUGCUCUGCUGUUUGCUUUGGAGAGGACACAGCGGACAAUGAGGUUGACUAUGAACUCAAGAGAUAUACUUACCCCAGUCUCCUGGAAUUAAAGGCCUGUACCGCCUUGCCUGGACCUAAGAUUAUCAUGGUUACUAUGCCUCAAGAUCUCCACGUCAAGGUCUCCAUGUCAAGAUCCAAGUCAGAAACAAGUCUUCUAUCCUCAAGAUCUGGAUCACAGGAGAAAAUAAUGAAUGUCAAGGGGAAAAUAAUCCUGUCGGUGCUGAUGGUCUCAACCGUGCUUGUCGUGUUUUGGGAAUAUGUCAACAGGACCCACAGUUAUCAAGAAGAGGACAUAGAGAGAGCGAGAGAAAAGGGGAGAAAUGGAGACAGCAUUGUAGAGCCUCAGCUCUGGGACUGGUUCAAUCCAAAGAACCGCCCGGAGGUUUUGACGGUGACCCCGUGGAAGGCGCCGAUUGUGUGGGAAGGCACUUACGACACAGCUCUGUUGGAAAAGUACUAUGCCAGACAGAAAAUCACUGUGGGGUUGACAGUUUUUGCUGUGGGAAAGUACAUUGAGCAUUACUUAGAAGACUUUCUGGAGUCUGCUAACAAGUACUUCAUGGUCGGCCACCGGGUCAUAUUUUACGUCAUGAUGGACGACACCUCCAGAAUGCCGGCCGUCCAUCUGAGUCCUCUGCAUUCCUUGCAAGUGUUCGAGAUCAGGUCUGAGAAGAGAUGGCAGGAUAUAAGCAUGAUGCGGAUGAAAACCAUCGGGGAGCACAUCCUGGACCACAUCCAGCACGAGGUUGACUUCCUCUUCUGCAUGGACGUGGACCAAGUCUUUCAAGACAACUUUGGUGUGGAGACCCUGGGCCAGUUGGUAGCUCAGCUCCAGGCCUGGUGGUACAAGGCCAGCCCUGACGAGUUUACCUAUGAGAGGCGGGAACUCUCGGCAGCCUACAUUCCAUUCGGAGAGGGGGAUUUUUACUACCACGCGGCCGUUUUUGGAGGAACGCCCGUUCACAUUCUGAACCUCACCAGGGAGUGCUUUAAGGGGAUCCUCCAGGACAAGAAACAUGACAUAGAAGCCCAGUGGCAUGACGAGAGCCACCUCAACAAAUACUUCCUUUUCAACAAACCCACUAAAAUCCUAUCCCCGGAGUAUUGCUGGGACUAUCAUAUAGGCCUGCCCUCAGAUAUUAAAAAUGUCAAGAUAGCUUGGCAGACAAAAGAGUAUAAUUUGGUGAGAAGCAAUGUCUGACUUCAAACGUGAUGGAAACCUGACACCAUUAUUCUGGUGAAUCCCUCUAAAAAGCAGUAACACUUGAUUUCAACUUUAAAAAAAAGUCCCCAAAUCAAAACCCACCACCAUGGCAUACACGUAUGAAUUCUCCUUAUAACCUUGAGCCUUGUAAUAUGUGAGAGGGUCUAUGGUAAGUAAUCAGGUAUAAAUUCUCAGUGAUUCCUUAUAUAUUCCGGGUUUUGGGGGUCAUACUAACUAAAUAAGCAGGAAUGGAAAUUAAUUUGCAUUAGGUAAAGAAGACACAAGAACAUUCUGUCCAGUGUGUCAGAUAACUCACUAUAGGCCAGGGUGUUGAGAGAAGCAUUUGGCAGCAGGAUGGGUUGGGUCAGAGCUAGGGGGCUCCGUCCCCUUGGUUUCAUUGUCUUCCUCCUCUUGGAGAUUCUAAAGAAACACAGAGAGGUUUUGCAACCAGAGGACUUCAGGAAGGAUACCAAUGAGAUCGUCAAAGUCUUUAAAUCUGACUCUGGCUUCCAGGAGCUGCUGGCAGUCCAGGCCCUGUGGUGCAUAAUGAAGGCAGAGAGUGCCACUAGGUAUCUUGGUGGCACAUGUUCAGAGUCCCAGGAACUAUGGGGGUGACAACUAUGCUCUGGUGGAGGGACAUAGGGUAUGGUGUUGGUGUAGUUACAAACACAGGCAGGUUUCUCAACAACGACCAACAGCAGGGAUCGAACAGAAAGUGCAUUUUGUUUUACCCAAAUCCUGUUCACAUUGUUAGCCUUGUGUGUGGAGUCCUGUGGAGAGGGGAGGAGAGUACCUCAGUGGACUGAGGAGAAGGACCCAGUUUUUAUCAGAAGGCAAUCUGUCAUCAUCUGGUCCUACCAUCUGCUCUGAACCUCAGAGUUCCUCAGCCCACCAUGUUCUAGUAUGGAGGACUGACACGGAGCCAGUGACGGAAGACAAAGCCCUCCGUCACAUGACCUCAUGCCUUGUCUGCACUAUGCAAGUAUGACAGCCAGACAGAUGUACCAGGCAACGUGGUUAACUGACUUCAUGGCGAUGGGAGAUGCAGUCACCACGACCAAGCAGCUGAAGGUUCAGUUCCCUUCUCUGAGAGAAGUGUGAGAGCCUGUCUAUGAGUGGUUCUUAACCUGUGGGUCGCGACCCCUUAGGUAUGAAUGACCCUUUUCACAGGGGUCGCCUACGACCAUUGGAAAGCACAGACAUUUACAUUAUGGUUUGUAACAGUAGCAAAAUUACAGUUAAUGAAGUAGUAACGAACAUGAUUCUGUGGUUGGGGGUAACCCGUAUCGUGAGGUCACAGUAUCUGGGAAGCAGAGAACCAUUUCUCUAUAUGGGUAUUUAAGCAAAUAAGUCGAUCUGUAUUUCUGUGUACACAUAUAUUUAUAUUUUGCUUGUCUUCCCGUCUAGGUCAUCAGUUUCUACCUUUAAGCCAUUUAUUUAAAAAGCUAUUGCACUGUCUUGGUGAACAGUGUGUGGGGCUUCAAUAAAAAAGGGUCUUGUGCGUGUCUACAUGGUUCCACCUCUUACUUAAAAAAACAAAAAAGUCGCAUAUCCCAAGGCAACAAACCCCACAGAAUUCCCGAACCAAUGGGCGUUGCAAAAGGAAGUGGAGCCUGCACAUCUGUUAAGAAUUCUGCCUGUCUAUCUCUCACCUUGUGCUAGAUCCAGUCUAAAGUGGGAGGGUUUAAUGGUCCUGAACCAAAGAAAUAAUCGGUUCUGAAAGUGUAGGGGAGAAGACAGAAGGAAUUUGGAGCGAAUUGAUUUUUCUAAAUAAAAAUGCAUCUACAAUUUAAAUUCCUAAUGAGUAAAUUUAGGAUUUUAUUAAAGGUGAUGUUUAGACAUUUCUAAAAUAUACAUUCUGGUUUACAAUCAAAUAAAUUAUUUUCUCAGUA